AUGCGGAGGAUCGAUGGUGCUUGGUCUUGCCAAAUCGCUCAAGUGAUGGUGGAGGUUAGGUUCGCCCGAGUUCGCCAGCCUGGACCUCAGGUUGUUGAUUCUAUGACAAAGGGAAAUACCCCUUUGCGACGAAAUGGUGGAUCUGAAGGGAGCUAUAAUGAGGAACAUACCUAUGAUCAGAAAGCUUGCCAGGGUUUGUAUGAAGCAGAACAGGGGGAAAAUGGAAAUGAGGGCGUCGAGAGCUGCGCUGUCGCGAGCAGCGGGUCUGCCAAGGCCACUUGUAGCUCACGUGAUCUGACACAGGCCAGUGCGGACGCUAUACCAUAUUAG